AUGCUGAGCACAAUGAAUAGCAGCGCCUCUCCCGUUCGCCCCUCUCCAACCUCGAAGCGCUACUCGACCCACCAUGUCUGUUCACCUGUCGUGCUCAACCUCGUCGAGGAUAACCUGAGGGAAUCGUGCAGCGGCGAGGUAUUUGACUCGUCGCAGCUCGCGAGCCUGACGUCGAGCAGCGGAGGGCGCAAUAGAUCGGCCUUAUCUCCGAACAAGAUGGGAAAGUCAGUUUUUACAGCGGAGGAACGAGAGAACGCUCUCACUACGCGCACGCCGAACUCGCGGUCACGCCAGAAAUCAGACAAUGCGGUGACGCCGAUUAGCUCUGCGUCGGUUCGGGGAUCGCAGGGGAAGGGAAGCAACUCAAAAUCAAGAGCAGUUAAGCUGUGCAGGCUUUCUCCGCUGCAGCAGGUCCCGCACACCUCCACUAGUCUCGACACGUGUUCAUCACCGGCACAGCGGAGCGUCUCCUCGCGAUGGGCGAGGAGUUCCGUGUCGCUCACGUCCUCCGUUCUGACCUCCAGGCCGACGGAGGAAUUUGCGCCAUCUUCCACGCCCUCUAACCCGCCACUAAUGUCGGAGUCACCAACCUCGUUGUCUUCGCGCGAGCACUCAGUCGCAGUUUCGGAGGAGGCGGAUGAGUGCUGCAUCUGCUUGGAGGUGUACACCAAUGAGAACCCGAUGUUCCGCGGCGCGUGCCAGCAUCAUUUUCAUCUUCCUUGUCUCAUGGAAUGGAAGCAGCGCAGCAGCUUGUGCCCGAUGUGCUGUGCCGAAACACUCCGAGGUAUCGGCGAGUUUGAGGGUUCACAUAAUGGCGCAGCUAGAGACCCAGCUGAAGUGGCUCGUCAGCGUGCUAUCAUGAAGCGCGAUGCCGAAAUCGCGCAGAAUCUGCAGCACAACUAUCUUCUUCAGGCGCAGCUUCGUGGCAGGCAACACAUAUACGCUACUCAAGCCGUGCGGUCGUUUCAGGCGCUGCACAGUGGUUCACCAAGCACCUCGACCAGUCGCACACCGCUGCACGCCGCCGAGGUUGAGGAGAACCCCUUGAGUACAAUGCCGGCUCACAACAGGUGUAACACGCAGCGAUUAGGCGGCAUCAUACGUCAGUCGUCACCACAGGCGAAUGCGCAAUCGCAGUUAACGGCACCGCCGGUGCAUCCAAGCAUGGAGGAAAGUCGGCGCUCGCGCAGCAAGUCACAGGCGGGGUGCACUGUCAUGUAG